AUGGAGGUCACAGCUCUCUGGAUCAGACUGUUGAUGAAUGUUUUGACGCUGCUGUUUGCCCAAGUUCAUCUUAAUUCUACUCAGGAAAGUGAUCUGGCUCAGAUUGUGCAGCUCUUUGAAUACAGCUCCAUCUCCUUUGACUGUGAGGGUUUUAAAGCCGCAGCAGGAUGGACUGUCAUGAGGAACAUAAAGGGAAAAGUCAGCGAGUGUGUCACUACCUGGGAGAGGACGACACCGUCAGCAUGUGCCAUCAAACCUGCUUAUCCAACAGACAGUGGGGAAUACUGGUGUGAGACUGGAGAAGAGAGAAGCAACACUGUCAACAUCACUAUCACUGCUGGUUCUGUGAUCCUGGAGAGUCCAGCGGUCCCUGUGAUGAAGGGGGACACUGUGACUCUGCGCUGUCGAAGUAAAAUGACCUCCUCUGCCCACAUAGCGGACUUCUAUAAAGAUGGCCUCCCCAUCGGCUCCGGCUCCACAGGAGAGUGGACCAUCCAGGGAGUUUCUAAAUCUAAAGAAGGGCUUUACAAAUGCAGCAUCUCUGACUUUGGAGAAUCACCAGAGAGCUGGCUGGCUGUCAGAGACACUGAACUUCGCAGAGAGACUGCCGCCCCCCCAGAGCCCUCCUGUCAUACUUACCUCCUCUUAAGAACUGUUUUCACCAUUCUAAUGGUGGCUCUGCUGCUGCUGCUGGUGGGGCUCCUUCACUGUGGGAAAAGAUACAGUAUUUGUCAGAGCUUCGUCUAUGGAAGGAAGAAGUAA